UGGACAAUAUUCACGCGCCAGCAACAAGGAACCGAAGUCCACAAACACUGCGAGCAGAAGAAUGAACGUGCCUCUAACCCCACUACACUAUGGCCACACCCCAACUCCGCCACCAUCUUUUCGUGCUUUUCCCGCCGUUUGUGGCAGUUUCCGGCCGCCAAACCCCACCGUGUCAUUCCGGCCACACUCUCUCAAAACGUCGAAAUGCAUAAAUUUGGCCGUCAAAGCUAAUGAGCCCCACAAAUGGGCAAUUCAAUUGAGUUUAGUCGAAGAGAGUCCCUCCAAAUCAACUGUUGAAAUCGAGAAGCUCGUGGGCUUUCUUUAUGAUGAUCUUCCUCAUCUCUUCGAUGAUCAGGGUAUCGAUAAGACGGCUUACGAUGAACGCGUCAUCUUCCGUGACCCCAUUACCAAGCACGAUAGUUUGAGUGGAUACCUGUUUAACAUAGCUCUCUUGAAGACACUCUUUAGGCCUCAAUUUCAGUUACAUUGGGUCAAACAGACAGGACCAUGUGAGAUAACUACAAGAUGGAGUAUGAUUAUGACAUUCAUGCUUCUUCCAUGGAAACCAGAAUUAGUGUUUACAGGAACAUCUGUUAUGGGAAUUAACUCAAAAACUGGCAAGUUCUGUAGCCAUGUGGAUUUCUGGGAUUCAAUAGAGAAAAAUGACUAUUUUUCUUUAGAAGGUUUAUGGGAUGUAUUCAAGCAGUUGCAGAUCUAUAAGACUCCAGACUUGGAAUCACCCAAAUAUCAAAUAUUGAAAAGAACAGCAAAUUAUGAGAUUAGACAUUAUGCACCAUUCAUAGUCGUAGAAACAAAUGGAGACAAGCUAUGGGGCUCUACUGGCUUUAAUAAUGUUGCUGGAUAUAUAUUUGGAAAAAAUUCAACAGCAGAGAAGAUACCGAUGACUACUCCAGUCUUCACUCAAGCCAUGGAUGCUGAAUUAUCCAAAGUGUCGAUCCAAAUAGUUCUUCCAUUAGACAAAGAAAUAAAUAGUUUACCAAAUCCUAUUGAAGAAGCAAUCAACUUGAGAAAAGUCGAAGGAGGCAUAGCGGCUGUUGUAAAGUUUAGUGGAAAACCUACAGAGGAGCAUGUUUGUGAAAAGGAAAAAGUACUUCGCUCUAAUAUCAUUAGAGAUGGUCUUAAUCCUAAGUUGGGUUGUUUGCUAGCACGCUACAAUGAUCCUGGCCGGACACUAAGCUUUGUAAUGAGGAAUGAAGUACUUAUAUGGCUAGAGGAGUUUUCAUUGGAUUAGCAUUAGUGCUGUAAUCACAGGUUAUUCUUCAUUGUCAUUUGGCUCUGCAAAUUCUCUCUUAGUAUUGGCAUUUUAAAUAUGUUUGAUUAAUUUUACAAAGAAAUGAUUAUGCUUGAGGGAGUUAGAAGGAAGGGUGGUGGGACCCACAAUGAUACACCCCACUGCGCUUGUCUCUGCCCCUCCCCGCCUUCCUUUCUCUCCUUUCUCUCUUUGUGAUGUGAUGUUUUCCAGAAUUAGGAAAGUUUGUGGGAAAGUCCAAAAGGGAAACGAGAACAUUAAUGCGCAUAAAUUGAGUAGAAGAGAUACUUGUGGUUGAUGGAUGUUCAUUGGUUUCUCUUUAAGUUGUAAAAUAAGAGUUGAUGUUAAUUGUAACUACUAGGACUUUUUUCCUUUAUGUUUUGCCAUGACGUGCAAAAUAGAAUUGAAUUGAAAAUAAAAUGGAAUGUUAAUUGUA